CCAUGAUAUGUACAAUUUUGAGUUGAAAGAAGAAGAUGAGAACGAGGACGAGAUCAUUGAAAAACGACGUCAACAACGUCUCGCUAUUCUACAGAAGUACCAACAACGCGAUAAUUCUGAUUCUCCAGCUAUUUCUGCAGUCAGUUCACCCACAGGGAGUGAGCUCAGUGCAAGAGAUGCAGAAGUCAUCGUUAGGAAAGAUGUGCCAGCGAAACACGCCCCGAAGAUUGAACAAGCCCCACAAGUUGAGGAAAAAGUAGAACAGUCAGAUAUGUUUGCUGAUGAUUAUAAAGUAAUUAUCAUUUGACCAUUGAUAAAUAUUGCCCCUCCCGUGUUUACUAUGGUUAAUUUAAAAGUAUUUGAAAUCUGUCAUUCAGUCGUUUGAUAACAGACAUGCAGUCAACUGGCCAGUCCAGGCUCAAAAUAACGGGAGAUAGGUCUCCGGUCAAAAUGACCGGUCAACUUUUAGCUCGGUCAAAAUCUGUUUUUGACCGGUAAUUGAUACGCUUACACUAACAGUGAAACAAACUAUUAGAAACUUGUUUCGAUACAUCAUAUUUUCAUGUUUUAAUUCAAGACGUCUGUCACGUCAGCAAUCACAUUGGAAGGCAUGGAAAUGUGGCCGGUCCAAAUGACCGGUGAGGUAAAAAAGUGACCGGUCAAGCACGGCGCAAAAUAGUUACAUAACUCACAUUUUUAACUCACAGAGUCUCAUAAGUCACAUUUUUAGGGGUAUACUUUACUAGGCUUUGCUUUAAGCUGAAUAAUUUGACCGGCCAGAAAUUUGGUAUGUCCGAGCUAAAAUUGAGUUGGCCGGUCACCUUGACCGCGUCGACCCUCCAGCCGUUAUUUCGUGCCCUGAUCAAGAGGCAUUUUUGCUGGUCUUUGUCCGUUGACCGACCGUUAUUUUGAGCCUUGCAAUCACCACUUGACUAGCUGUGAUUUGAAUGAGGCCUUUUGUAACUAGUGAAGUCUUGAGAGGCAGUUUUCUUCAUUGUCGCGUAUUUGCGAUGAAAAGUGUUCAAAACCUAAAAUAUUUUUGCCGAAUUUGUUAAUCUUCUGGCUACCACCCUGAGUUACUUACAGCUGCUAAAGAUAGCACUACCUUUUCUUCUCGUGCAGGCUCCCGAGGUUUCAAAAUUAACGAUGAAAGAAAAUGAAGAUCCAAGCCUAAUGGACAAUUGGGAUGAUGCAGAAGGAUAUUAUCGUAAGUACUAACGUUUCUCAGUUCAGUUCAUCAGGAAAACAUCCAGUUUGGACUUGUUGGGCUGCAUGUCAAGUCGGAAUAAAAGAAUUGCAACACAUGUGGCGAAAUAAGAGUUAGGUUAAAUAUAAAAAUAUAAUACUUCUUGUUUGUGGAAACACUACGUAAAUUUAUUACUGCAAAGCUUUCGAUCCGUAAGCCCGGAUCUUCAUCAGUGCUACUAAUAUGUGACUUGUUCAAUUCACACUUUACAUUUUUUAAACCUAAUAAACUGGCAUCCUCCUGUCUGGUUCUUGUAGGUGUCCGUAUUGGUGAGCUGCUGGACAAGAGAUAUGAUAUCUAUGGUUAUACUGGUCAAGGUGUCUUUAGUAAUGUCGUGAGAGGGCGUGAUCAGGCACGUGGAAAACAAGAUGUUGCAAUUAAGAUUAUUAGAAAUAAUGAAAUGAUGUAAGUAAUGAAAAUGUAGUUGCAAGUUUAGUUAAACUAUGUUUAAUGUUUAAUGAAUUUGAUUUGUUGCUAAAUACAUUAAUUUAACUACACAAUAAUAAUAAAUAUAUAAACAUUGAAAUCACGAUUAAUAUAUUAGCAACAAGGAAGCCUAAAAUGAAACCAGCAGGCUUAUUUAAAUUUAGUCUCCCUUUGGACACGCAUGCAUUUGGGGUAAUGAAUUAAGUUUUCUUCUAUUUACAUAAUAUUAAUUUUGGCAGACAAGAGUACAUGAUCAUCAUAUCAAUAACUCAUUAUAUAACACUCAACAGUAUUUACAGUUAAGAGAGGGUGAUGAUUUUCAAUAUUUAGAGAAGAAAAAACCUUUCAGUUUUCUUUUAAAUGAAAUCAAGGAAGUAUAAUUAACUAGUUCUAAUGGAAGAGAGUUAGUUAGCGUGAGUGAAGUCUUUUUUCAUACCCUAUUUAAUUUCGCCUCGGUUGCUUUUUAGAAGAGUGCUUCUAGUUUGAUUCAAUGAAAAACUGCAGGUUUUCUUCAGGUGUUCCAGUUUCCUCCUGUAGUAACACUGUACCAUAAAGGGAGGCUCCUUACUGAACCUCUAGGAAGAACAGUUUACAACUGAUCGGGUUAUCCAGUAUAAGGACUGCCCCUUACUAUAUUUCCAGAGAGAACGGUUUAGAACGUCGAGCUGUCUGUCGAGUUGUUAAACUAUACAAGUAAACUUAGUUUAGUUUAUAUUCACCCUGUGGUAACAGUGUACCGAUAAGAGAUGACCCUUAUGUAUGUAUUAUGUAAGGAUGUAGUUAGUUUAUUGAUAAUUUUUGUUGUAUUUUAUGUUUGUUGUCAGGCACAAGAGUGGUCUUAAAGAGUUAGAGAUUUUAAAGAAACUCAACGAUGCUGAUCCUGAUGAUAAAUAUCACUGUAUUCGGUUGUUUCGACAUUUCUUUCAUAAGAAACAUCUUUGUCUCGUGUUUGAACCGAUGAGGUACGUUGUUACGUCCACAAAUUUGUUGAAUUUCUUUGAGCGUUACUGGGCAGCAGAUGAUGGUCAAUUUCAGAUCAGUGGCGGACACUUCGCGAAAUAUUGGGGGAGGGGCGAAUUAGAUUGUCACCAUGUGACCGCUUUUUGUUGUUGGAAAUCUUAGUUGUUUAAAUUCUUUGCCUUGAAUUUCAUGCAAUAUAUAGCUUAACCUGUAGUCUACGAUGCUUUUAUGGUUGAAAAAUGAUUGUCAUUGCUGUUUUUGGAAACAAAUCAUGCGUUAUAUUUUCCUGAUAGUCUAUUGCCGUAUUUUCGCACAAACGGAUGAUUUGUUAGUAUAGGCGAACUAUUUUUAUUAUAUAAACAUAAGUGUUAUAUAGAGUUUUUGGCCACUGAGAAAAAUCGUAUUUAAACACACGUAAAAAAUACGAUUUUUUACGUGUGAAAAUAUCAUUUGUUGUAAAACGCAUUGCCACGGACGUUUUAUUGUUUUUCACUGAAUUUUGUUUAUAUAAUAAACAGAAAAAUACAUGGGUGCUUGGAAAUACCAGAUUUAUUUCUCGUGUUGAACAUGAUAUCUCACUCGUUCGCUGCGCUCAAUCGUGAAAUAUCAUGUUCAACACUCAAAAUAAAUCUGGUAUUCACGCGCACCCAUGUAUUGUUCUCUUAUUUAUUUUACGAAAAUUCUUCACUCGACAUUUCGAGCGAUGUCCCUUCCAAAAAAAGGAGAGGCCACACUACUAUACUAGAGCCUCAGAUUUGCCUUCCAUUACCGCUACCUCUCACUCUCUUAGUACACAUCUGAUUGGUUAAUUGUGUAGAUUAAACGCAUCUGAUUGGUUAAUUGUGUAGAUUAAACACAUCUGAUUGGUUAAUUGUGUAGAUUAAACACAUCUGAUUGGUUAAUUGUGUAGAUUAAACACAUCUGAUUGGUUAAUUGUGUAGAUUAAACACAUCUGAUUGGUUAACGGUAUCGGUGGUGAAAGUCAAGUCUGAACCUCGCUACUAAUAGGACUUCGCGUCCCGUUUGUGCUUAUUUCAUUUGAGUGUAUUAUAUAAAUUCUAUGAUUAUAUAUAAUAUUCGAAAGUCAAGGUGUUUACAUUUUACUAAUAUUUUUAUUUCAGUCUCAACUUACGUGAAGUAUUAAAGAAAUACGGACAAAAUGUCGGACUUCAUAUCAAAGCUGUUCGCUCUUAUUCACAACAACUAUUCCUGGCUUUAAAAUUAAUGAAGAAAUCAGGCAUACUUCAUGCUGAUAUUAAACCUGAUAAUGUUUUGGUAAGGACAAUGUACCAAACUUGAGCUAUAUGUCCAUUGCAAUAGCUUAGGUUGGGUUAAGGUUGUUAUUUACAGCACAAACUUCGGACAAACAAACUGAAAUUGACUUUUGAAUGCAAAUGAACUAUAUUCUAAUGUUAAGCCUACACUUGUGACGUCCAUUGGAAUACGGCUAUUCGGCCUUCACCUGCAUGCACGAUGAUUGUUACCCCCUAACGUUAAAGGCUUGUUCGAAUCAAACAAACAAAAUCGAACAUUGUAGGCGCAACACUAACAGUCACUAUCUGUGUUUUCAAGGUAAGCUCCAACAAACUUGUUAUCAAGUUGUGUGAUUUUGGUUCAGCAUCUCAUGUGUCUGAUAAUGAAAUAACUCCAUACUUGGUCAGUCGAUUUUACAGAGCUCCAGAGAUCAGUAAGUGUUCUAUUAUUCAUGUUCAUGAAUCGAGUGUGAAAUAGCUAUCCAGUAUGAAUAAAGUUCUUUCAGACUUUAGUUCGUCAGAGUUAAUGUUUCUUAAUCUUGUUUUCCUUUAGUUAUUGGCAACACGUACGACUACGCCUUAGAUCUGUGGUCUGUAGGCUGCACAAUCUUUGAACUGUACACUGGAAAGAUCACAUUCCCAGGGAAGACAAAUAAUGAAAUGUUGAAACUGAUGAUGGAAGCCAAAGGCAAGAUGCCAAACAAGAUGAUACGGAAAGGAAUGUUCAAGAGCCAACACUUUGAUGAAAAUUUUAAUUUCCUUUAUGUUGAAGUCGAUAAGGUUACUCAGAGGGUAGGUUGAAAAUGAUUCUCCUGUUCUGUUAGGGUUGGUGUAUCCUAUCUAUUACUAUACUGUAGAUUCUAAGUCUUGAAAGAUUGGUAAGAAAUGGUUGAGGGAACUGACAUAGCGAGUCAGUUCACACUGAGUCAGUUCGCUUACAGUACCUAUGCAAAAUUCCUGCUGUGAUCACAGAAACUUUGAUAGGGCCAAAAAAACAAUAUGUGGGUUUCCGGUUUCCCGACCCUACCUAGCUUUUGGACGUCGAAAUCCCGACCCUAAACUUUUUUAUUGGAUCAUGCUUGUAAGUGUUUCCACUUAGAGGAAAAAGUUUGUGGAAAAUUGAAAUUUGGGGCAAUAUUAGGGAAAUUUAUCUUUGGAUGUGGAAGCACUGACUAAACAAAAUGGCGUCCGCUUGUUCGGAAAAUUUAAAAAAAAAAGUUAAAACCGACCUACCCUACCUAAGUUUUUAUAAGAAGAAACCGGAAACCCACAUAUUUUUUUUUUGCCUAGUGUAAACCUGGCUUUAAAGUACUUGGUAUUAAACACGCUUUAAAGUACAUGGUCCUCUUUUUAGUCAAAUUUUCCUUUCUUUGAAAGCCUGUAUGCCAAUCUUAUAAACACUAGAUUUGUGUAUACAAACUUGUCGUGGUUUGUUUCUGAACAAUCUUUAAAAUGUCUCGAACUUCUUAACGUAGGGUCUAUACUCAAAAUACGAUAUAAAAACGUAUAAUAGAAUACUAUCACUAGCUACACUGCACAUGUUGUGGAUACUUAACAUAUCGUAAAAAUUGUUACGCAUCAUGCAAAUGUUGUCGUUUGUUUUUCUUUUCCUUCGUAGGAGAAAGUGACAGUGAUGUCAACAAUGAAUGCGACAAAAGAGCUCACAGAAUCCUUGGUCGACUCGCACAAGGUGGAAGACGAUUUGAAGCGAAAAGUGUUGCAAUUUAAAGAUCUAAUGGACAAGAUUCUUCUAUUGGAUCCUUCCAAACGUUUGGCCGUGAAUCAAGCUUUGACUCAUCCAUUUAUUACUGAAAGAAUGCAGAGUUGAACGUGGCUAAAAUGAACGUGUAAGACGUAUAGAGGUUAACUUUUUUUAUUCAUAGUUAGAGUAUGUAGAUUUUAGGAUUUCUUGCUAUCUGCUGUGUUUUGUGGAGAGUUAUCAACGAUUUUGGUAUCUUUUCGUUCCAAGGGGAGACAAUUUUAUUCGAUUAGAUACGAUUCACUGCAGUUCACUCCAUCUAAGAGUGAUCUGUCGCUGAUAAAACAUUGUCUAUUCUCACUUAACUUCAAUGUAUGUCAAGAGCAUUUGAGAGGUUUCAAUCUGAUCGGCCAAUCAUGUUUAACUUUAGGCUCAUGAUGAUUGUGAGUUAUUAUAGGUAAUUCAGGUAAUUGAAACCUUUAAAUACUUGUAAUAUAAGCAUUGAAGAAUCUAAUUUUUUGUAUUAGAAUAGACAAUGUUUUUUAUGCACGACUGUGCAAGUCGUGCAUCUUAGUUGCAAAUGACGGUACAGUAACUUAAAGGGCCCCAUUGUAGUCAUUACGUAGUUGUUGAUAUAGUUGUAGUUUUGCACGAAACGCUUGUGAAGUGUCUCGAUACGUUAAAGCAUGUAUUGAGAACUGGUUUAGGAGAGAUCACUAGUUUCGUGGCGGGGAUACUGAACGAUUCAUACUCAAGUUUUUGUCCUGGAUAGGUUAUUCGUUACUCUCAUACUUGUCAAUCACAUUUAUGCUUAAUUAUAAUUCGUGUUUGGAAUGAGUGUGUAUAUACAUAUCUACAUGCACAUAUCACUGUUUGACAAGAGUUUAUAGCUUAUAGCGGUUUUUAUCUCGUAUCAUUGUUGUAUGCUUCCAUAAUGCAUUGAAAAUUCGAAUGAUAACUGGUUUAAAUAAUGCUAAUUUUGAGCCAGAGUAGCAUUCACCAACAGUAGACGAUUUGAUUCUAGUUUGCGAAGGCAAUGUUGCAGAAAUUGGAUCAGUACGCGAAGCAGGGUAUUUUUUAUGAAACACACAUCGAAUGGAGUAAAAUGAUUGAAACGUCAUAUAAAGCAUGUAUGAAACUAUAGUGGACCAAGUUACUCGACAUUAUGAAAAUUCUGGUCAGCUUUUCAGGCUACUUUUAUUCCCUGACUACGAAGAAACCUGGUAGCAGAUAUAGAAAUCCAUUUCCAGAAUGAAACUACUUAUAGUAUGCCGUUUAGUGUAUAUUACUGUACUUGGUUCCCAAAUUUGUCAUGGGUUUUUUCAUAUUACUUAUGUUGCCAUUACUUUACAAAGUUUUGACAAGUUUCAUAAGACACUGAAGAAUGAAGGGGUUUGAUACAGCAAGAACUGGAUUUAUAUUCUGUUGUUAGUUCGAAACCUUUUGCUUCACGUUAUAGAUCAACUAAAACUAAGGUGAUGUAAAACUAAGGGUCAAUAGAUAAUUAGACCCAAGAUCUAGAUCAAAGAUCUUGUCUUUGUAAAACAUUUUCUGACACUUGAUGAAUCUUGCAGGUGAUCCAUUGGAGAAGAUGUGUCCAGAGACGACAUUAAAAAUGCAAUAGAUAACCCGUGUGUAGAUCUGAUCGUAAGUAACGUAAAAGUAUGACGAGGUUUCUAGCAUUCUAAAGUGUUGACCGAGCAAAACAUCACCCACCACAGUCCAGUGUCUCUCAAAAAAUUUCUUACCUUAAUUCAAAUUGACAGUAUAUAUUUUCCUGUCAGUCAUGUGAGCAAUGUUUGUUUGUUUGUUUGUUUGUUUGUUUGUUUGUUUGUUUGUUUGUUUGUUUGUUUGUUUGUUUGUUUGUUUGUUUGUUUGUUUGUUUGUUUGUUUGUCUCAGUGUCUGUCCAAUGUUUGUUUGUUUGUUCAUCUCAGUGUCUGUCCAAUGUACGUCAGUUAGUCAUAUUCCGACCAAUGAUUGCUUCCAAUCCAUCUACGUGUAUAUGUGCUAAAUAUGUCUGUCAUCCUGUAUGCCUUUUCCUCUACUGAACACUAUAAUUUCCAUUAAACGAAAUGCUUUAUUAUUUCUAUUUCAGCUUGCAACGAUCACAAUUGCACUGUAUCACUAUAGAUACACAAAUGGUCUAGAACUCCGCAUUAUGACCGGCUCAUCUUCUGCAUUGAAAUGCAUUGAAAGCGGUAAUGCUAAAAAAUUCAAGACUCGCUUGAUUUAAUGUGUAACUUAUUGUUCUUAAUGGGACGUAUACAGCUGUCCAGAAAUUUGGUUUAAUAUUUCGUGUAAAAACGUAAAGUGUUUGCCUAAUGUUAUUUGUAAUUGUAAUUUUGUCGAUGAAAGCAUCAUAACAAAUUGUAUAUAGAUUCAUAUUGGAAGAUUCAUCAGGAAUCCUUCGCAUUUUAUUUUUUACUACGACUUAUCCUGCAGGAUGGGCAAUUGACUGAUUACUGGCGAUGAAUAUUUUAUAAUGGUCCUUAAUCAUGUUAGGACAAAAUGCCAAUUAUUUCAACUACAGUAUUCAUAUCCACGCAUGGAUGAGAAAUUGGAACUGAUCAAAUCAUUUUUGACCAGAAUGUCAAUGUAUUUUUUGCGUGCCAUGUAUAAUGCAGAUCUCAAAUAUACACAAAUGAACUUCAUUAAACAUGUAGCCAUCACAACGCACAGUGUUGGGUAUUUAGUCUAAAUGAUUCCUUUCUUUGUCUCUGACAGUUGGAAAUCUUAAAUGGAAACUUGAUUGAAGAUUAGAUGAAGUGUCGCCUUUGAUUUUGAAGGUAAACAUUGUGGUGGAAGUGGGAAAAGUCCAUGAUCUGUGGGAUUGAUGGUAAAAGUACAAAUUGUAAAAAUGUUUCUUUUUACAGAUUCCGACUAUCUAUUUUAGAUGCAUUCAUCUGGAUUUAAGAAUACCUUCAAAUACAAGGUCAAGAGGAGUUCAGUUCUGGUAUAUUAAUUUAAA